AGAUGAUAAACAGCUCUGCUCACCCCAGCUUGCAGGGCUGCCUGCGUCAAUAAAAGGCAGCAGCAGAGGCAGGGAGCUGUCACUUGGGACUGGAGGAUCCUCAUGGCCAGGGGUGCUUCACAUUAGAGCCAAGGAAAAUGCCUGGAUUCUUUUUCUCCCACAACAACAUGACUGAAUUAAAUGGAAAAGAAGACUGCAAGCUUGCAAAAGGCAAAGUGCAUAAAAAGAAGCAAAAGGCUUUUGGUGCAGAUCUCAAAAGUUAUUUGAAGUGCAUGGUGCCACAUAUUGAAUCUGGGAUCAAGACCUCCAGCUCCAGAAAUUUCAUGCUUUCUGCAGAGGAAGUUAUUCAGUGGUCACAGUCUUUGGAAAAGCUCUUGGCCAGCCAAAGUGGUCAAGGUGUCUUUCGGGAGUUCCUGAAGUCAGAGUUCAGCGAGGAAAACAUCGAGUUCUGGUUGGCUUGUGAGGAUUACAAGAAAACCAAGUCUGAUCGCUUACAUGACAAAGCAGAGAGGAUUUACGAGGAGUUUGUUCAGUCAGACGCCAUUAAGCAGAUCAAUAUUGACUAUCAGAUGAGGGAAGCAACAGCCAAAAAGGCUCAAGACCCAACUCACACAAGUUUUGAUGAAGCCCAGAAAACAGUGUACAUCCUUAUGGAAAGAGAUUCGUAUCCCAGAUUUUUAAAAUCCAAAUCCUACCUGAACCUUUUGAACCAGCUGCAAACCAACAAUUCAAAAUAAAGUGUCUGAGGCAUGAAGAGCCAAGUAGACUCUGUCAAAUAUGCUGUGAAGAGAUCCUCCACAAUGGUUGGAUCUUGCCAAGGAAAAUCCCUGUGUUGUCAAGAGGGGUAUGAGGGAUAGGCAAACAGCUCCACAGGCAACAGGAUGCAGGAUAAAAGCUGGUGAGGCUGUCAUAAGGGUAGGAGCAGCACAGUGAGAAAAUACCCUUCUCGCACAUGCCAUGGAGUGAAGGCAGGAUGUGGAAACCAAGGUUUGACCUGCACUAUGAACACUGAACCAUGUCUUAGAUCCAAAGAACUGCUGAUUGUUAGGUAGUGCAAGACUUGUGAGCCGAGCAUCGGGAAAAGAUUAUCAAGUUCAGAAGAAAAGCUAGGAUGACUGACAAUUUUCGGCAUAACAAGAAAAUGCCAAGACAAUGACACCUCUUUUAAAAAUCUGUGAAGUGUUAGUAGGUGUGAGUUCCACAGUGCUGUUGUUCUAUGUAAAUAUAGUCUAAAUUGAUGUGUCUUAAAAUCUAUAUGGUUUAAAUUAUAUAAGAUUUGUAUAAGCUUUAUUUUUAUUAAGUUGGUAUUCAACAGGUAUGUAUGUAGCAUCUUUGCUGUUUAAUUUAUUGAAAAAUAAUAAGUAACUCUUCAUUAAAAUAUAGUUAAAAUAAAGAUGUAUAGUGGUUUUACAUUUUAUUUGAAGUGAUUUUUCCAUUGUAGUUACUGAUAUAUUGAAGCACACAAUUCCCUUCAAUCUCACUGUGCUACUACUUCUCAUCUCCAUAUUCAAAUACUAAUUUUACCUUCACCACUUCUCUCAGCAGCUGAUACUGACUUACACAGACGCAUCCUCACAACCCCCAAAAAAGAAAAGUUGUGAUUAUGGUUGAAAUAUGUAACUAAGAAGAACAGCACUCCCAAAACUCUAGUGCUGGGGACCUUGUGACAUUAGAGCUUAUAAGAAAAAUAAGUCAAAGAAUGCCUUGGUUUUAUGAAUUCCCAUCAUGAGACACUGGUAUUGCAUGGUUGGCAACACAAGAUUUUAUCUCACCCAUGCAAAUUCUCCAUUUUUCCAGAAUAACAUGAGCUUUGUGUGCUCCACUCUGUUCUGUACCAAAAGGAGAAGCUACAAAUUCAGAGACGUCACCUCCUGGCCAGAACAGACCAUGUUCUUAUUGCCACCCCCUGGGGACUCUGGACCUCCAGAGGAGAACCAAAAUCUGUGUCAGAUGCAAAACAGCU